AUGCGGCUCCGCCUCGACGCGCUGCCGGUUCCGCCCGCGGUAGCCCGCAUGGUCGGCAAGGUUGGCAACGCUGCCAUGUACUGCACCGGCAUCACUGUCGGCCCCAGCAUGGUGCUCACGUCCGCAGCCUGUGUGCAUGCUGGCUUCAUGACGUACGAGAUCAACCAGGUUGUCGCCAACGUGGUCGGUGUGCACCGCCAGAGCGAGUUUUGGCCCGAUGCCACGGAUGACGGCGACUACGCGCUUCUCGAGCUGGACACGCCUCUCGGCGACCGCUUUGGGACGCUGCCGCUUGUCGGCGCGCCGCCAUGCGUCAUCACGCUCGUCGCCGUGUACACGUCGCUCUCAGUUUCGACCGUGCAGUUCGCGCCCGGCUUCGACCCCGGCGUCCAAGUGCAGUGCACGAUGAAGGUGGUCUCGACGUCGCGCUGCGUCCACGACUGCGACACGUCGAGCGUCGGGUCGCCCGGCGCACCGCUGCUCGUUACGGUGCGCAACACCACCGCGUCGACCACGUGCGUCGUUGGCAUGCACCUUGUCGGUGACAGCGCGAGUAAGAACCGGAUUGGGAGUAUCGUCGCCGCGGCCAACGCCCACCUCUCGUGGCUGCAGAGCACCAAGACGACGACGCCGCCCACGACGACGACCGUGACGACACCGACACCGACGACGACCGUGACGACACCGACAACGAUGACGACAUCGACACCAACGACGUCGCCUACGACGACCAUAGCACCCGAGACGGCGCCACCGAGCGACAAGAGCGAGGCGACGGCGGUGCCCAUCUCGAACGCCUCGAGCGACGGGUCGAGCAGCACCAACACGAUCGUUUACGUGUGCAUCGCGGUUGUGCUCAUUGCGUGGUUCAUCGUGCUUGGGUGCAUGCUGCGGCGACGCUUGAGCCAACAGCGCGACUUGAUGACGCCAGCGACGGCCUCGUAG